AUGACGCGACGAUGCGCUGCAUGCAAUGCGACUACACCUUCUUAUGAUGUUAAUUGUUGUCAAAAUUGUGGACAUCAAUUUCAUAAACCUCAUUUACCAUUACUGUCACCAAAUGAUAAAAUCGAUUCUUUCGAUGGGAAGUCAUCAAAGCACAGACUAAAAGAACAUGAUAAACCAUCUUUAUCAAAACCCUCACUAUCCAAUGAUGAUCAUAAUGCAAAAUCUUCGGGCCCUUGUCAAUAUAAAAUUCUUUGUGGAGAAUAUCUUAAAUCAUUGAGUUGGAAUGAAGCUUUAUUCGACCGACGAUUUAAUCGUUGUUACUGUUCAAAUUGUUAUCUAAAUUCAUGGGAUAAUACUCUCGUAGAAGCUGGUUCACUUUACGUUAUUCCACGUGGUUGGUGUCGCUUUGGCCUUCAAGUUGAUAAGGUACGAGCUGACGUUGAUCAUAUCUGGCGUGAUUGGAUCGUAACCUAUCAUGGAACAUCAUCAGAAGCAGCUCAUUCAAUUGUUGCUCAUCGACAAUUUCUAAUACCUGGGGAUAAACGCAUAGAUGGUGAAAAAAUUGCGAUACUUCCUGGACAUAUCAAAGAAAAAUAUCAUAUUUACACAUCACCGACUAUAGCCUAUUCGGGUAAUGCAUGCUAUUGUCCAUUAACACGAUUUCGAUCAAAAAUAACAAAUAAACUUUACAAUGCACGUAUCGUAAUUCAAUGUCGACAAAAACCCGGGACUUUUGACGUUCAACAAGAAACAAUUGGAGCCGGUAAUAGAAGAAUUUGUCCAUUUAUACCAAAUAGUCAAGUGGAAAUAUUUACAACAGUUCGUGCAUCUAUUGUACCGUACGGUUUAUUGAUACAUUUAGCUGAAGUUUCCUAA